GUAUUCGGAAUUUUCCAUGUUUGUAGUAUGUCCGCACUGAGGGCGGGCUUUGGCGUACUGAAGGACGUACCCGUUCAAACAUACGAUCUUCAGCUAUCGUCUGACACCCAGAAGCACCACCUCCCGGCGAUAACACCUGAGAAGAAGACUCGGGGUGGAUAACCCGGUGUUAUCUUCACUGCCUGACCACAUGGGAGGUGUUCAAGUCGAGGAGUCCCAGUGAAACCCUCUGACGUUAGCUGGUGGUGGGGAUGAAGGCAGGUUGUCGGUCACUAACUCACGUCAGGUGUCUGUUGGUUUACGAGUCAUAGUUAAAACUGUUUUUUUAUGCUCUCUGUCUUAGCUACAUAUUGGUAAAAUAUAGCCAUGUUUAUAGCACAUGUGGAGCUAUGGAGAACAUACUGGGAGUCUGUUUCCAGACCUUACACGGUGUUCAUCUGUUCCCUCACGGCCGCACUGUACUAUCUGUGGGGCCGCAAGUGUCAGGUCAGUCUCUGCGGCUGAGGCCAGAGAGAACCUAAGUUUGUAUUCACUUUUAUUCCUCUUCAUUUUAUUUUUCAGUAAUUUCUUCAACCUGUUUGAGGUUGUUCUUAUCUCUUUUGCUGUAUUCAUCCACUCUGCCUUUUUUUGUUAUUUUAUAACAGGUACGUACAGUUUAGGCUCUCCACUUUGAGAGUUUCUUUAAUUUUUCUUUAAUUUUUUUUCAUUUACAUUUUUUUCGUACAUUUUUUUUUCAUUUGUUUAUUUUUUUAAAUUUAAUUUUCUUUAGUAUUUGUUUUUAUUCUCAUUCUUUUUUCCUUUUUUAAUUUUCUGAUUUUUAAUAAUUUCUUAUUUACUUUGAUUCUUUUUGUUUUUGUACCAGACAGCUCAAGGCAUGGUGUCUUUAACAUGGCAUUUUUGCAUGCGCUGUCUUUCCUUUACACACCAGCUAAAUCCCACCGUGUGCUUUAUAAAAAUACAUACACAGGUUUAUUCAUGUGUGCUGCAUGGCUUGUAUGUCAUCCGCUAUAGCCUAACCUUUUGAUUUAGGUACCUUACCAAACUGAGGGCACUUUGUUUGAGAGCAAGAGUAAUUUACUUACACUUUUAUAAUGAUGUUUAUUGUUUAGAUGAAUCUUCAGCAUAUAGACACUUCAAUAGAUGUUUUGUAAUGCAACAGAAUACAGCUUAACACAAGGAAUGCAACUGGCAUUUUUAUGACGUACUUGAGCCAUGGUUUAAAGAUCCCCAAUCAAAACUGUUUCAGUUCAAUGAGGCAUUAUAGAAAAAAAACACAAAAUUAUCUUAUAAGAGGCGAGAAUAAGUUCACUUUUGUAGAUUUGUACCUUGAAAAUUAACUUGAUAUGACUUGUAAUAAUAGCUGUGUGAUCAAUUUUCUGCCUGUCUACCAUGAAUUCCAUGUCAGUACACUGUCACUAAAUACUCAUUAUGUAGGCUAGAUAUUAAGAUCUCAAGAGUGCUAAAAAAAAUCUCAUAUAAAUGCUAUUUAUAUUACACAUGAUUUUGUUUUCUGUCAAGUACAGCACUACGAGUAACUCCUCAUUAGUUCACACUCAACCAGCUGUAUACCCAUCCAAAUAUGUGCACCUCCUCGUCACCAUUUUGCAUCCAGUCUUUUCUUACAUCAUUUUUUUUUUUUUUUUACUUCGGCUUCUGUUUUAAUACUUUUUCAUUUGAACUUUAUUUUCUCACAGACACCUGCUUUGGUUUCCAGCAAAGCCUUCAGUGUGUUCCUCCAUAAGCACUGUCCUGUGGUGGCUGAGUGCUUCAGUCCCACUCCGUGGUGCUGGGGGGGCCGGCUUCAAACCCUGGUCUGUGCCCUCCUCAAAUCCAGACCCCGUGUUACAUAUCGCAAGUAUGCUUAUCUCUUCACCUUUAACAUAUGAGUAUUGAGUUAUGUGCUCAUUUAGUUACUGACAGUCUGUCCUUUGUCCCUCAGUGAGCUGAUUGGUACAGUUGAUGGGGGUCAAAUCUCUCUUGACUGGGUGGACAAUCAGUCCAGUGCAGCCUACCCAGAAUGCUCUACUCGCCCCACCGUGCUGAUCCUACCAGGCCUGACAGGAAACAGCCAGCAGUCUUAUGUACUCCAUGCCAUCAGCCAGGCCACCCGCCGUGGCUACAGGUCAGUCUUCUCCUCAGCUGUGUGCUGUCUUUGAUCAGACUCUGCAUGUGUACCAGGGACAUAUGACAAUGUUUCAUCCUUUAUUUUUAGAAAUGUGAAUCACUCAUAUUGUGGGAGUUACAGGAAAUUUGUUUAAAAACUAGCAGGAGUCAUUGGUUACAUGGCUAAGUGGAAUUUAUCGUAAUUGCUUAGACUUAUAUGUCUAGGUGGCUGCUGCCUUAAGAUACUUUUGUUGGCAUUUAUUUUCCAGAUGUGUGGUGUUCAACAACCGCGGCGUUGGAGGAGAAGAGUUAUUGGUAAGUAAAAGUGCCUGAAAUGUGGUAAUGUUAGAUUUCAUGCUGGUUCCUACAGAUUCUAUGCAAAUAAGAGCCUUCUUGUUUGUCUAAUCUGGAAACGCUGGAGACUAAAUACGCCUGUCAUUAGAAAUAUAGUUUGACCCUGAAACAUUACCCCAGUAUAACACCUGGGAAAGACUUAGUUGAUUAUAGUUGCUUUACAUUUUGUUGUUAAGCUGUCUUUGAUGGUUAUCAUAGUAAAAAAACUGUUAUUUAUUAUUUAUUAUACUUAUUUGCCCCUCCCUUUUCCAACACUUUUUAAAAACACUGCAGAUUUAGUGGACCUAAUCAGCUUCUCACUGACACAGAUUCUUGAGAAAUGUGGAGAUUUAUUAGAAACAAGCUGAGGCAGUGUUGGUUUUGGUGUUUUCAUAGGAUUACAUGCCAUUAGGAUAAUUCUUUAGUAACUACACACAGCUUAAACACUGAAUCUAGUACUUAAAUGCUGCAUGUUUUGCUUGUCUUCUUCCUCUCUGCCCGCUUCAGACGCCUGUUACCUACUGCGCGGCUAAUACUUCUGAUCUUGAAAAUGUAGUGCAGCAUGUCAAAGGACUUUACCCACAUGCCCCUGUGCUUGGUGCUGGUGUGUCUUUAGGAGGGUGAGUUGGUGGAGGGUGAUGUUUGGAAACAACUCAUUUUAUGAUCAAAUUUGAACAUUUCUCCUCUGUCAGUCUUCCUCAAAGUUCGCACAUUUUAAAAAAAAUUUCCUGUUGUCUUUUCCUGUUUUUUUCUUUUUCCCUCUCCUUUUUUUUAAUCCUCUGUAGCAUGUUAUUGUUAAACUACUUGGGCCGUAAGCGUUCAGACUCAGGGAUGGUUGCGGGUUUGACCAUUUCUGUCCCUUGGGAUGCACACAAGUCCUCUGCUUCGAUGGAGGAACCACUCAACUGGCUGCUCUUUAACAAGUACCUCACCAGUGGCCUGUGUCGGGCCGUCACCAGGUCAGUAAAGUUGUAGCCUCAUAUUGUCCUGUUUGUAGGUUAAAAACUAUUGGAGGUUGUUGAAAAAACUUUGUCUCCACAGGCACAGGAAGAUGCUGGAGAAAGUGGUAGAUGUUGACUAUGUCUUGAAGGUGCUCCUGGUCUUUAAAUCUAACAUCAUCUAUUUUUUGUCUUUUUUUUUUGGUUCUUUCUUUCUAAUCUCUUUCUUUUUUUACCCACUGUCAUAGGCACGGACUAUCCGCGAGUUUGACGAACGUUUCACCUCUCUGCUGUUUGGUUAUAAAUCUUGUACUGAGUAUUACCACGAUGCCAGCCCUUACAAAAAGCUCCCAAAUACAGCAGUACCCAUUUUGUGUCUCAACGCAGCUGAUGACCCCUUCUCUCCCCAGAAUGGUGAGUAAAAAAAUAUCAAUACACUCACAUUUCGUGAUACUGUGUUGAUAAAAUAAUAUUUUAGGUCCAAACAAAGAUCAGAAAUGGGAAUUCACAACACACACAACAUGAACAGCCCAUCAUGUUGUCUACUAAAACAUCAACAAAUCACCUUAAAGGUAAAUGAACUUUAGACCCAUUUAGUGAUCAAAGGUAAAAAGAAUAUUAAGACCCAUUGAGUAAUUUAACUCUGAUGGGCUUUUGAAACACAAUAUCAAGCAGAUUUGUCCCUUAAGUUGACGUGCUUUAACCAGAUAGAUUGGCUGCAUUAGUGCAAAGAUAUCUGUUUGGAAAAAAUUAAUUGCCAUUGUUGUUAUUCCAGAUCAUAUGUCAUUGAUAAGUACUACUUGGGCUACAAAAAGAAGCCAUAACACUCUCCUCACUGAAUAUCCAGACCCCGUCAUAGAGAUUCUACAUUUCAGUGUAGGAUCUAAACAGAUCAAACAAUCUCUUCUCUUCACUGGCAGUUGUCUUUGUUUAACUAGUUUGGGGCCUGGACUUGUUUUAUUUGACAAACUUACAAGCCAUGCACCAUUUGCUCCUAAAUCUAUUUCUGGGUUUGUUAUGCCGGUAUUUUCCACACAGCUCUAUGGAUGGAUGUGUUUCAGCAUGAUUAAGACAAGAUAUAUUGUACAACUAGGCUAGAUAUGGGGAUAUUGAAAAUGUAGGUUAAAGGUUUGAAAUUUGACCUGGCAGUAACAGUGGACAUGUAACUGAGAGAAAUGUGUCUGGAUUUUCUUAAUAAAUAAGUGUUUUGUUCAUUAAUAUAUGUUUGCUUUUUCAGAUGAUCUCAAUGCAUUUUUUUCUCGCUUACACAGCCUUUCCAUUGGCCAUCGUCCAAAGCCUGCCCAACGUGGCUCUUUUGUUGACAGCCCACGGCGGACACAUCGCCUUCCUGCAGGGUUUGUUUCCCCGUGGUGAGAGCUACAUGGAGCGAGUGUUUGGGCAGUUUGUCCAAGCCGUCUUUGAACACCCUAAAGAUAUCAUGAAAGCGUGUGACAUUAAGGAGGAGAAGCUGAGUUGAUCAUCUUCCACCUUAUCUUUGCACAUAGCAUCUGCUUACAUAGCUGCAGAAAAGAUGAAGCCACUAGCCUCACAGUGAUGAUAAAAUGCAACAAAAUGCAACAAACCAAAUGCAACGUCCAGCUUUGCAUGCCGCCAUAAUACCACAGAACAGAUGAAUGACCAGAGUAACAGAGAAUGACCUACUGUACUGUACAAUCAUCCAACCUCACUGCAGUUAAUCUACCUCCUCACCUUCUCAGGUCGUCUUUUGAUGAGCAAUCAAAGAAGGUUUAGAUAAGUGAGAAUUUGUGAUAUUACAGCAAAAUGAUGUGUGAAUGCGUAUUAUUGUAUAUACAUCAAAAUGUUAUAGUUUUAAAAUUAUUUAUCAAUAGAUUGUAAAUUGCUUGAAAUCAUGUUGUUCCACCUCCACGUGCCGUCCUAAGGUUUAUAAAAAAUGAGCGCACAACUUUUCCCUGCUUUAAAAAUGGGUGCUUUGAUUUUAGGAAUGUUGUUAGAAUAAAAAAAUGAACCGUUGUGAACAACAGAACAGAGGGUUUACUGUUUGAUUCACUUUAUUUGCUACUCUAGUUUCACAAGAGCGUGUUCUUUGACGUAUGUUACAUGCCUUAAAGGAUUAUUUUUACCCUAGUUGAAGCCUUGCAUGCUGACUGUACAAACAAACUCUUGUACGCACAAUACCUUGAGGUAGCCGUUUUAACAUUUGAUGUUAAAGCUGUCAGUCUUGGAUUUAAAAUGCUCACAGAGUUAGAAAAUGUGUAUUUUAAGACAUAUUUAUUCAUUAAAAAAAGAAAAGAAAAGAAAACAGAAAUGAGCCUAAUGUAAAAACCAUGUUCACUUGUGUAUGUAUUUGUUUGAAGUGUGCUGGCUGCCUUGUAACUUGUGCUCAAUAUCAGAAAACUAUAUUUAAAAUUCAGCUGAUACCAGUUAAUCUUUGAUUCUUGAAAAUUUUCAUUAUUACUUUUUAUUUAAAUUGCAAGUUUUGUGUGUUUUAUCUUGCCUUCUUUUUGACAUUAAUGCACAUUGUCAAAAUCAUGUUUACCACUCUAAGCUCUCACAUGGUUGUCAUAUUUAGGAGGCAUUCGUCUUAAAUUCCAACACUGACCGACCAAGUUACUAUGUGAGAGCCUUGGAUGACAUUUAAAAUCGCUUGAGAAAAUGCUGAUGAAGUUUUUUAAUGGAUUAAACAUGGUGUGCACUACAAAUGCAAACAUUUUUCACUUUAAACAUGCUUUUAGCAGAAGCAAAGUGGUUUGAUUUUAAGGGUCAUUUUUGAUCGUGAUGUAACUUGAACCGUGCUGUUAAAAUCUGUUUCUUGAGUAAAUUACUGCCAUGCUGUUUGCAAUAAUUCACCUUGCUUUUUUCUUUAUUUAAAAUGUUGUUACAAUUGUUUCAGUCACUGCUCUGUUGAACCUGAAAUCAACCACAUAUUGUUUUUGCAAUACCAGCUAUCACCUCCAAGGACUUUGGGCAUUAUGAACAAUGGAUAUCUAUUUGUGUUUCCUUUCUGAAUGACAAUUAAAAUUAAAGAUGACAAUAAUUCAAACCUUGGCGUCUGCU